UCGGCCUUUUGAAUUCCGAGCCGAAAGCUCAGAGGGUCCUGGCGGCGCAUCCCCGAGUGCCGUCGCCGCCGAAGCGACGCGAGGACGCUAGCGCCAAUUCGCCAAGCCCCCGCCGCUCCGUCCAAGCGCCGCCGUCCAUCAGCCUUCCCAACCGGCGCCGCUGCCCCUACGCCUUCCCGUCCGGCACCGCUGCCCCUACGCCUCUCCACCUCCUCGGACCUGCAACGGCGCCUCCGGCCUCCGCCUCGGCUGCCACCUCCGCAUCCACCACGGCGACGGCACCUCGUCUUCCUCGGCUGGCAUAUUUCUUGUAGAUCGUGUUGAGUUCAAGGCUUUCAGCUCCACAGCUUCAAGAUCCACUCCUUGUGCAUCUCUUCACUGGAUAAUAAUGGAAUCUUGGGAGGAUGAAGUUAGGAUAUUCAUGCUAGAGGAGGAAGAAGAGGAUGACGAGCUAUUCCUAGUUAUGGUCCCCACGCUUCAGCAGUGUCUAUAUGAGGAGAAAAUCCCGUCGUAUUCCCGAGGCUGGAAGCCCGCGCGGAGAACUGGUCACGGGCGAAGUUACCCCAUCAUUUGGGAGAACACAAGAUGGGGGCGCCUAACCCGAUCCGUGAGUUUUUCGCGUGCCGAGCCCUCCCCACCUCGAGGGUCUGGCCGCCUCUUCCCCGCGGCUCCCCGAGCGACGCAGCGCCGUCGCCCGUGCGGCUCCCCCUCUCUGCGCCUUGCCGUCGCUGCUCGCCGUCGCCUCCCCGUCCUCGCCGUCGCCUCCCCGUCACCUCUCCAUCCCUGCACCGGCUCGAUCUCCACCACUGCUCCGUGACUGCCCCGCCUUGCCUCGUCCCAAGAUCCGUGAUGCCACGACUUCUCUUUUGAGGAUUUAAUGUGCACAGUGAUAUUCUGCUAGCGUUAUGCUCUUCAACUUACCGGAAGCCGCAAAACGAAUUGGAGUAAAGUUCCUAUCAGUUGCAAGUGCAGAAUGCUUUGGUCGAGAUAUCUCCCCGAUGCAUUUUGCAUCCCUGUUAAAGGAAUGCAGGUCUGUGAAUAUAGUUCGUCAAAUUCACCAGAAGAUAAUUGCUUUGGAUCUUCUUUCUUGUCCAGCGUCAUUGCUGUCAGUGUCACUUCCACCACUUCCAUCACAUUCAUAUAUAUUACCAAAAUCUUUGGGUACUGGUGUUGUAGCUUCUUAUCUUGCUUUUGGUGCUACAAGCGAUGCUCUCUCAGUGUUGGAGCGUGUCACACCAUCACCAGCCGUAUGGUGGAAUCUACUCAUACGAGAACACAUCAAGGAAGGCCGCCUUGACAGGGCAAUUGGUGUAUCUUGCCGCAUGCUGCAUGCUGGAACUAGGCCAGACCAUUUUACUCUGCCGUAUACGCUAAAAGCAUGUGGAGAGCUGCCUUCAUACCGUUGUGGUAGCACAUUCCAUGGACUCAUAUGUUGCAAUGGAUUUGAGUCAAAUGUCUUUGUAUGCAAUGCAUUGGUGGCAAUGUAUGCACGCUGUGGUUCUUUGGAUGAUGCCAGUCUGGUGUUUGAUGAAAUGACUUGGAGGGGAAUUGAUGAUGUUAUCUCAUGGAAUUCAAUUGUUGCUGCCCAUGUUAAGAGUAAUCAUCCAUGGACUGCAUUAGACCUGUUUUCAAAGAUGGCAUUGAUUGUCCAUGAAAAAGCUACAAAUGAAAGGUCAGAUAUCAUUAGCAUUGUCAACGUUCUUCCUGCAUGUGCUUCUCUAAAGGCAUUGCCUCAAACUAAAGAAAUUCACGGCUAUGCCAUUCGGAAUGGCACAUUUCCAGAUGCUUUUGUAUGCAAUGCCCUGAUUGAUACCUAUGCAAAGUGCGGGUCAUUGGAGGAUGCAGUAAAGGUUUUCAAUGCAACGGAACUCAAAGAUGUGGUUUCUUGGAAUGCAAUGGUUACUGGGUACUGCCAAAGUGGGGAUUUUGAGGCAGCCUUUGAGCUUUUCAAGAAUAUGCGCAAAGAAAAUAUCCCACUAGACGUGAUAACAUGGAGUGCUGUAAUUUCAGGGUAUGCUCAGAGGGGAUGUGGCCAAGAGGCCCUUGAUGCUCUCCGGCAAAUGUUUCUUUAUGGAUCAGAGCCAAAUUCUGUCACAAUCAUCUCUGUGUUGUCUGCCUGUGCUUCCUUAGGAGCAUUGUCUCAGGGUAUGGAAACCCAUGCGUACUCUCUGAAGAAAUGCCUUCUACUCUUGGAUAAUCAUUUUGGUGGUGAUGGGGAUGGUGAGGAUCUAAUGGUGCACAAUGCGUUAAUAGAUAUGUACUCAAAGUGCAGAUGCUUGAAAGCUGCACGUUCCAUAUUUGAUUGCAUACCUCGAAAUGAACGCAAUGUGGUAACUUGGACUGUCAUGAUUGGUGGGUAUGCGCAAUAUGGGGACUCAAAUGAUGCCCUCAAGCUUUUCUCGGAGAUGAUUUCAAAACCUUAUGCAGUUUCUCCAAAUGCUUAUACAAUUUCCUGCAUUUUGAUGGCCUGUGCACAUUUGUCUGCUCUUCGUGUGGGUAAGCAGAUCCAUGCUUAUGUCACCCGCCACCAUCACUACGAAGCAUCUGUGUACUUCGUGGCAAACUGCCUUAUUGAUAUGUACUCAAAAUGUGGUGAUGUCAAUACUGCUCGAAAUGUAUUUGAUAGCAUGCCUAAAAGGAAUGAAGUAUCUUGGACUUCAAUGAUGUCAGGAUAUGGAAUGCAUGGUCGUGGUAAUGAGGUCCUGGACAUAUUUGACAAAAUGCAAAAGGCAGGCUUUGCUCCUGAUGACAUUUCCUUCCUGGUUCUUCUUUACGCUUGCAGCCAUUCAGGCAUGGUUGAUAAGGGCCUGGAUUACUUUGAUAGCAUGCGUAGAGAUUAUGGUGUAGUUGCCAGCGCAGAGCAUUAUGCUUGUGUUAUUGACUUGCUGGCUCGCUCUGGGCGAUUAGAUAAGGCAUGGAAAAUAGUUCAGGAAAUGCCAAUGGAGCCUACUGCAGUAAUCUGGGUCGCAUUACUUAGUGCCUGCAGAGUACAUUCAAAUGUGGAACUUGCUGAAUAUGCUCUGAACAAACUGGUUGAUAUGAAAGCAGAGAACGAUGGAUCCUACACGCUGAUCUCCAACAUAUAUGCCACUGCAAGGCGGUGGAAAGAUGUAGCAAGAAUCAGACUGCUGAUGAAGAAAUCAGGGAUUAAGAAGAGGCCAGGAUGUAGCUGGGUCCAGGGUAAGAAAGGCACCGCAUCUUUCUUUGUUGGAGAUCGUUCACACCCUCUAUCUCCAGAGAUAUAUGCUCUUUUAGAGAGACUAAUCAAUCGCAUCAAGGCUAUGGGUUAUGUCCCUGAGACAAACUUCGCACUGCACGAUGUCGAUGAUGAGGAGAAAAAUAACCUUCUUACUGAACACAGUGAGAAGCUUGCCCUCGCAUAUGGCCUCCUCACGACUUCCCCUGGUUGUCCCAUACGGAUCACAAAGAACCUGCGUGUCUGUGGCGAUUGUCACAUUGCAUUCACUUACAUAUCAAAGAUUGUUGACCAUGAGAUCAUAGUGCGAGACUCCAGUCGCUUUCAUCAUUUCAAGAAGGGAUCUUGCUCCUGUGGUGGCUAUUGGUGACUUGAUGAUCUCUCUUCCUGUGAAAGGAAUGGGUGCGGAAGAAAUGCUAAUUAUUUCCCAUAGAAGAAAUACUAAUGUGAUGAUGAUUAUUCUCAAAAGGACUAAUAUGCUCAUGAUUUUGUCAUACUAAUUCAGCAUUCCAGAAAACAGAGUCACAGAAUUCUGGUUACCAUUGUUUUGAUCUGCUUCUGUGAGAUGUCACCUGCACUGGUAUUUAUGUUAUUUGUCCCUUUUUUUUCAUGCCUCGUGUUGAUUUGUUUUAAGCUGUGACUCUUACCGACAAUCUGCACAGUGCAGCUGCUAUUCUUUUUCCUGAAUAUGUGCCAAUGCGGUUAUAGUCUCAUUACGUACUCAUUACGUACUCAUUUUGUUUUGUGUUUUGAUCUGUCAUGUUCCGACUUAGGUCUUGUUGAGUUAUUCAAUUGCAAGUAAUACGCUGCUCGAAAGUCUUUUGAGUGGAUAGCACAAGUAGCACAUGAUAAAUAUUGGCAACCUUUUAUUUUUCGUGUUACACCCAUUGAGAUCCUUGGGACUUAUUGUUGAUAUUAUAUUGGAUCAAUUUGCCGAGGAUGUUGAAGCAUAUUGGUAUCUGGCAAUUUUCUUUGUAGCAGGAAUGCUUAAUUGCUUGCCCAUCAGAACCAAUCAUAACAGGUUUAUUAAGACCAGGUUUCAUUUGUUGUAUUGGAAACUUGAUUUGAUUAGCUGAUGCUUUCCUUUCUUGAUUUCAGAUUACAGUUCUGCACUUCCGCUAGAGAAAUUAUUGCUCAGGGAUACAGAUGAAGAUCUGGGUGGGGCCGUGGUGGUCAUGUUGAUGACAUGACCAAACAGACAUAUCUGAAUGAACCUGUUCUUUGCAAUCUGAAGAAAAGAUAAUAAUUGAAUGAGAUAUGUGUUAGUGGUUUACCAUUACCGGCACUGUUUUAUUUACUAUGAUAAUUUGCAUUUGAACUUAAUUGAAAUGUAGGUGAAUUGCUUACCCCGAGACUAACUUUCUCUCUGCAAAUUUACGUACUUGAAUAAUUCCAGUCACAAUGUUUAAAUUUCCAUGUCAUAUUGAUUUUAUAGAGCAGCUUUUGCUUAGCACAUUCUCAGACUGAUUUUAGAUGUCUUAAUCAUAAUCAGCUUUGGUAGAAUUUCUGCCAAAUCUGUUGGAAUCGAAUAAAAGCCAUCUACAAUUGAAAAUCUGAUCCAUUAAGGCAAAAUCAUUUGUCUUUGUGAACACAGUAAUGAUGCACUCAUCUAAUAGUUUUCAGCCUCAAUCGAUUCAUGAUAUAAUAAUUAUCCUUUUUCUGUUUAUAGAGCAGAAUGCUGAACAGUUGUAAACUUGAUAUGAUCUCUACUUAAAUAUGAAAAAAAAUCAAUGCCAUAUGUAAUAUCAGGACACUUUUCGUAUUGUUGUUUCUUUUACGCUCAUUACUUUCCAGUUUUGUAUUGUCAAGUACGGAUUGUGUUCCUGUACAAUGAGACAUGAUGGAGAAGGGUGUCAGAUUAGGGGAGUUGAGUCCAUGUGUUAUGCCGUAGCUGAUGCAUCGUACAGCUAGGGGUUACAGUGUGAUUGAAUUGCAAGGCACUGCUAUACAAUUUAGUUAUUUUGUUGGCAUGGGCUGAAUUGAUUAGGGCUAUGGUGAAUGAAUCAUGAAGCCAAUCCUUGUUAGUGGUGAAAGUGGUGCGGGCAAAACUGAAAUGACGAAGCUUUAUUAUGGAGUAUCUCACUUUUGUUAGUGGUAGAGCCGAACAGUUGAACAGCAGGUUCUAGAAGUAAGUUUUACCAUUGUUUGUCCACUAUAAUUUAUGGAAACUGGGAGUUCUUAAUCUGUAUUUUUGAUGAUUAUGCAUUUUCUGUUGCUACUUCUGAUGAUAAUGUAAUCUUUAUAUGUCUUAAUUUGCUCCCUCCAGUCGAACCCUCUUUUAGAGGCAUUUGGUCAAAUAUUGUGCCAAGGUUCGUGUGUGUUCAUCCAAAUAAUACAUAAUUUCUUCUUUAAUAUGUACAACCUAACCUUUUUGACCGCCUUUUCUUUUGCCAUAUUGUAACCUGAACGCUUUCUUGGUUGCAGCCAAUUCGGAAAACGCUUGGUUGCAGCUGAUUUGGAAAAUUCAUGGAGAUACAGUUUGAUGCAAGUGGUAGAAUAUUGGGCAAACGAUGGAUUGUAAGAACUAACCAUGGCACAUGAAUAUCGGGUUCCGGCUAAGUAGCCUCCCUUGCCAAUCUGCUCUUGUGCAACCUUAGGAUGCGCAACAAAUGGGUUCAGCAAACCACAGGCUAUCUUCUCUUUCUGUCCAUUCGCCACCACAACAUGUGUGAGAAAGUAUUUAAUUGAUGAUCAAAAUAGUUCUCCCAAUACAUUGUUUCAUUUUUGGGCAACAUAAGCAAGAAAGUAAUCACUAUCCACUAUUUCUUUGACACCUCAUCAAAAUACUGACAUGACACCCUAUAAUGAAAAUGAAAACCCCAUUAUAUUGGCACUAGCCCUUAGGAUUCUUUUUCUCCUGUGAUGUAUCAUGUAUGCAUUCGUCCCAAGUAUAUUAAUUAGAAAUUUUUGCAAUAUCCCCCUUCUUCCCCUCAUUUUGAUUUCAUAUGGCUAUAUAUUUUAGCUUGUAACAUACAUCGCAUGUUUGUAUCCAUUCGGUACCACAAAUAGCUGGAUACACAUGAAAUGCUUAUUUAGCAUGCAGGCAUGCUAAUAUUAUUGUGACUUGCCUUUAGGUGUAUGGUUUCUAUGAUGAGUGCCAGUGAAAGUAUGGGAAUGCCAAUGCUUGUCGGUACUGCACUGAUGUUUUUGUUAAGACAUUUUCUAUGCUUGCUAGUGAUAGCUGAUAGGCAGGGGCUGGAAAAUAAGGAAUAAAUCAUAGUCUUUUGAAUAGGGGCAGGGUUUCAGUUGGACCGUCAAUGAAAUAAGCAAAUUGUUGUCUUUCUGCAUCAACCAUGCUUUUUUGGGGAAUCAAGCAGACUUUGUGGUUUAGUGGUUCAUCAGCAACAGUUAUGCAUGCGGGUUUGUCUUGGCUGAGGAAGAGGGGUCGAAGUUGCCAUGAAAAGGCAAAGUCUGCUCGCUUUUGUCAAUAAGUACCAGCAGACCUCUGAUUCUUUUUCGCAUUAACAUCUGAUUGCUCCUAGUUUUGCAUCACCAAUUGUCGUGUAUCUUGUUUACGACUGCAUGGUGGUUGGCAUGUUAUGCUCCACUGCGCUUUGCUUAACUUAAACCAAAGUGUAAUGAGAUGUAGCUGAUGCUGAUCAAUGCUGUAUACUUUUCUGUUGCCAGGAAAGAGACGUCAAGUUCUUCACGGAGACAGAGGAGAACAACCAGAUGCGAGGCCCAAGGACUAAAAGAUCAACCAGAGGUGUUUGUUGUUGUAGGUUCAGAUCAUAGUGCAAUAUGAUGCAUUUGAUUUCUCCAUUUUCUUUUAACCACAUGUACAAUAGACCAUCGGGAGUCAUAUGUUACUGUAUCCCUUCAAGUGACACCGUCAAGUUUUGUUCUUGAUUUA